AGUGAUCGUCUCCUUAUUAAAGGAGGGAGAAUAGUCAAUGAUGAUCAGUCAUUCUAUGCUGAUAUUUACAUGGAAGAUGGUCUCAUAAAGCAAAUCGGAGACAAUCUGAUUGUUCCUGGAGGGGUCAAAACCAUAGAAGCCAAUGGGAAGAUGGUGAUUCCUGGAGGAAUUGAUGUCCACACUCACCUGCAGAUGCCGUACAAGGGGAUGACAGCUGUGGACGAUUUCUUCCAAGGAACAAAAGCGGCCCUGGCUGGUGGAACUACUAUGAUCAUGGACCACGUGUUCCCGGAGCCUGAGUCCAGCCUGGCGGACGCCUACGAGAAGUGGCGGGAGUGGGCGGAUGGCAAGGCCUGCUGCGACUACUCCCUGCACGUGGACAUCACGCACUGGAACGACAGCGUCAGGCAGGAAGUGCAGACCAUGGCCAAGGAGAAAGGAGUUAACUCCUUCAUGGUUUAUAUGGCCUACAAGGAUUUGUACCAGAUGUCAAACACAGAGCUGUAUGAGAUAUUCAGCUGCCUGGGAGAGCUGGGUGCCAUAGCUCAAGUUCAUGCUGAAAAUGGAGAUAUCAUUGCACAGGAGCAAACCAGGAUGUUGGAAAUGGGAAUAACCGGUCCGGAGGGCCACGUGCUGAGCAGACCCGAGGAGCUGGAAGCAGAGGCUGUCUUCCGGGCCAUCACUAUUGCCAGCCAGACCAACUGCCCCCUGUACGUGACUAAAGUGAUGAGCAAAAGUGCUGCUGACCUCAUCUCGCAAGCCAGGAAAAAAGGCAAUGUUGUGUUUGGCGAGCCAAUCACGGCUAGUCUUGGGACUGAUGGGACUCACUACUGGAGCAAGAACUGGGCCAAGGCUGCGGCGUUUGUGAUCUCGCCACCCCUGAGCCCAGACCCAACAACCCCCGACUACAUCAACUCCCUCCUGGCCAGUGGUGACCUCCAGGUCUCAGGAAGUGCCCACUGCACGUUCAGCACUGCACAGAAAGCAAUUGGGAAAGACAACUUCACAGCAAUCCCCGAGGGGACCAACGGCAUAGAGGAGCGCAUGUCUGUCAUCUGGGACAAGGCAGUGGCCACAGGAAAGAUGGAUGAAAAUCAGUUUGUGGCAGUGACGAGCACUAAUGCUGCGAAAAUCUUCAACCUCUACCCACGGAAGGGGAGAAUAGCUGUGGGCUCAGACAGCGAUCUGGUUAUAUGGGAUCCUGAUGCGGUGAAGAUUGUCACAGCGAAAAACCACCAAUCUGUGGCCGAAUACAACAUCUUUGAAGGGAUGGAGCUGCGCGGGGCCCCGCUGGUCGUUAUUUGCCAGGGGAAGAUCGUGCUGGAGGAUGGCAACCUGCAUGUGACACAGGGGACGGGACGCUUCCUGCCCAGCAGCCCCUUCCCCGACUAUGUCUACAAGCGCAUCCAGGCACGCAGGAAGAUGUCGGAGGUGCAGGCGGUGCCACGGGGCCUGUACGACGGGUCCGUGUUCGACCUGAGCGGCACCCCCAAGGCCGGCACC